GACUCUAGGUUAUCAUUACUUGACCUCUCUCGUUCAGAUCUAUUGAGCGGAAUCCACAUCCGCUUCAGACAUUCAAUGACUUUAACGAAAUAACGAAAUUCAGUUCCAAAUUCAUUUUGUUUGCGGGCAGUCGAAACAUUUAAAAUGGGCAGAAUAAAAUUUAACGGAGUUUUGUUCCUGAUGGUCCUUCAAAUAUUCUUGGUGGCUACAACAACUGGAGAUGAAACGUGUGAAUCAGACCGAAAAACUGAAGAACAGUGCCGUAUUCAUAUCUAUAAGACUGUUAAACCUUUGCUAGAUUACUUCAGGCAGGUUAGAAAUGAGUUAGAACAAAGUGAAACUAAGGAAAAGCAGAUAAGUGAAUUAAAUUCUGAUCUUAUGGAAAAAUAUCAUGAAAUUGUAAGAAUUCAUGAAACAUUCGUGAAAAAGGCAGAUCUAUUAAAUGAGUAUAAAAACAAAGUAAUCAAAGGGGAAAACGAUUUGCAAUUGUGUCAAAAUAAAGUUGAUAAAUCUGAAUCUGAUAUUAAUUCACAACAAAAUACUAUUUUUAAAUUAAAAGAACAACUAACAGAUAAAUCCACCAACUUAGAAAAUUGUCAAGUUCAAUUAAAAUCUGUUAAUUCUAGUUUAAUUGAAAAAGAUGAAAAUAUAAAGAGAUUGAGUGAGAAUAUUAAAAAUAAGACAGAACAUCAGAAAACACUUGAGUUGGAAUUAGAGAAGAGAAAAUCCAUAUCAAUAAAGCAUGAAAAAGAUAUUCAGUUAUGUCAUUCAGAAAUCAACAAAUUAAAUACGACAUCAGAGAACAUUAGAGAAGAACAGAAAAAGAUUCAAUUGAAAUUAACAGAAAGUGAAACUAAGCUAAUAGAUAAAGUAAAAGAAAAUCAGUUAUGUCAAUAUGAACUUGAUAAAUUAAGUUCCACAUGCCCAACUUUCGGAGAUUAUUCAGGAGUUCAUGAAUUCAAUGUCUCUGGCAUAGGUUUAUUCAAUGUUUUAUGCGAUAGUCAGUUAGCUGGACCUGGAUGGAUUGUAAUACAACAACGAGUUGGGGGAAAUGAGAAUUUCACUAGGGAUUGGGCAACGUAUCGCAAAGGUUUCGGUUCUUUUGAAAGUGAUUUCUUUCUCGGAUUAGAGAAAAUACAUCGUAUCACGAGCUUGCAGCGUUUCGAACUUUACAUACAUUUGGUUGAUCUGGAUGGAAGAACCUACAACGCUCGCUAUGACGACUUCAAAAUAUCUGAUGAAGAUAAUGGAUAUGCACUGAGUUUGGGUAAAUUCAAUGGAACUAUUAUUUGGGAUGGCAUGAGAGACACUGAAAACAUGAAAUUCUCAACAUUCGAUCACGACAACGACAAAACUGAUUAUGCUAAUUGCGCAGUUUGGCAAGAAAGUGGCUGGUGGUACAAUCAUUGUUCUGCUUGUCCUUUAAAUGCACCAUAUGAGACAAGUAUACUUUGGUGGGUCGAAAUGACCGAGUAUAUUUUACUUAAAAAAGUUAAGAUGCUAAUUCGCCCCAAAGAAGCGAUGAAGAUGAAGUGAUAAACUGAAAAGCUGAAAUUCCCAUAUUUGACUCAAUUAUGUAAUCAUUUAUAUAUAAUUGGUGCAUUAAGAAAUUGCGUUCUGAAAAAUAAAACGAUCGACUAUUUAAUGCAGCGAUUUAUUUUUUGAAUGGAA